AUGCCGCUGACCUAUUGGGAAAAGCUGAUCAAUUUCUACUACAAGCUAAUUGUUGGCACCAGCGGAGCAGCAAACCCAGAGAUACAAAACUUGGCCACAAAACUGCUCACUGUGACCUUAAAGCUCUCCUGCAGCAUCUCCCUCCCAGUGCCCAAGCUAGAACCAGGCCUGCAUCCGCGGGUUUUGAGAGCAGGCAUGGGUGGCCUGCUCUACCAAAACCCUUCAGUCAAAGAGGCUGGACAGGAUGCCUUGCAGCCCAAGCUCAACAGCCUCUUGGACCCCUAUACAUCCAUGAUGAUCCUUGCUGUCGGCACUGAAGAUUAUCCCAUUUCUGACAGCUUUUUUCUUGCUGGGUUCUCAAGCUGCAAACCUAAGAGGUUCUUUGGCACCAAAGAUGACUUGUUCAUAAAACAGUUUGAAAACCAGCUUUCUCUUGUUACUUCAAGAUUCCUGCUUUCUCCCUCACUCCCAUUAGCCGCCAAGCCAAGAUUUCCGCAAGCUGACCACCGUUGCAAUGAUGAUGAUUGCGACUAUCAAUGCCAGACCACCCAGACUGAUGAGCAGCUUCCGCUGUCUAAGGGGCUUGGCUCCAAGGACAACCCGUCCCCUGGCGGCUCGCCAGCGCGGACCAGGAAGAUUCGUCAGCGGAAGCUGCUCGUCAGUCUGGCUGGCCUGGCACUGAUAGUUGCCAUCAUCAUCAUUGCAACCGCUGUCACCUUGCGCAAGUCCCGGCUGGGUUUCGCUGAGGAGUUGGCAAGAAAGAUUAGCUUUAUCUUGGACGAUGGCGCCUGGAAGAAGCCCAGUAGGGCUAAGGUUGACAUGUACUUUGCGGACCCUGAGAUGGAAGUAAAUGGGCUUGCCGGUGGAUCCUUGGAUCAGGAACAGUUUAUUGGGAUCGUUUGUUGGCCAAACAAAAAGGCCAUGUGUCUCAUCUUUGAUAAACAUAUUACUCCGGAGCCCCGGGAGCACAAGGUCAAUGGCAAGCGCGUCAGCCAGGAAUUGGUUGACCUCAUGGCUAAGGAACAUAUAAAUGCAAUGCGACUCGGGCCCGGCAAACAUCUCCACAGUCCCACUCUACCUACCGCCGUCAAAGGCAAAACUUUUGCCUACUUUAUGAGCCAUUUAUUCCAAGCUCACCACAAAUCACAUCUGAGUGAUUUCUUGGAAGGUGCAUGCUAA